CACCACCAACACCCCUCCUCCCCUGCCACAUAGCCGAGACCAGCGGCAGUUCAGGCGUUCCUGUUUUUACUUUGCGACUAACUUCACGAUUGCUCCGACUUCCAGCCGUUGAUGACAGUGUCAACAGAGGGCAGGCUAAGAACAAGUUGAAGUCAUCACAGAAGGACAAGGUUCGGCAGUUCAUGUCCUUCACACAGGCAGGGGAGAGGACAGCUGUGUACUGCCUGACACAGAAUGACUGGAAACUAGAAGUCGCCACAGACAACUACUUCCAGAACCCUGACCUCUUUUACAAAGAAUUCAUGAAAACCUCAGUGGACCGCAAGAAGCUGGAACAGCUCUACAACAGAUAUAAAGACCCCCACGAUGAGAAUAAGAUAGGCAUUGAUGGAAUCCAGCAGUUCUGCGAUGACCUGACUCUGGACCCAGCAAGCAUGAGCAUACUUGUGGUGGCAUGGAAGUUCAGAGCAGCCACACAGUGCGAGUUUAGCAGGAAGGAGUUCCUGGAUGGCAUGGGAGAGCUAGGCUGUGACAGCCCUGAAAAACUCAAGGCCAUCCUUCCUAGACUAGAGCAGGAGCUGAAAGACACUGGAAAGUUUAAAGACUUUUACCAGUUUACCUUCAAUUUUGCCAAGAACCCAGGCCAAAAAGGUUUAGACCUAGAAAUGGCUGUGGCUUACUGGAAUCUAGUUCUCACGGGCCGAUUUAAGUUCUUGGAUCUGUGGAACCGCUUUUUGCUGGAGCAUCACAAGCGGUCAAUUCCCAAAGACACGUGGAACCUCCUUCUGGACUUUGGCAACAUGAUUGCGGAUGACAUGUCAAACUAUGAUGAAGAAGGGGCUUGGCCUGUCCUCAUUGAUGACUUUGUGGAGUUUGCUCGGCCAAUUGUGACAGGGAACAAACACAACAUGACAUAAUAUUUGUUCAUGCAGCCAAUGGAGUUUGUUGCCUCCUUUUUUCCCCUCCUAAAUGAGGUUUUAAUAUAAAUGAGCCAAAAAGAGACUUCUUCUCAGGAAGUCUGUCUGCAGUUUUUCAUAAAGAUUGUUCUUCCAGCUGCAUAAGAUGCCUCGGAUGUGGAGUGACCCAGAAAACCACUUUGGAAAGGAAAGCAGGAAGAGAAUCAGUAGGGAAAAACAGGAAAAAAAACUAACAUUUUUGUGCUCUGCAGGCCUGGACUGACUUUGGAACUGCAAUAUUAAAAGUAAUGAGUAUUACUAAGACUCAUCACUAAGACUAACAAUGGGGUUAGCUUUGAACUGUUGUUAUGGACUCAUAAACAAGCACUGUGAGAGUCAGUGAGCUUUUAGCAGAUGCACAGGAUUAAGAUAUGGAUGCAGUAGGUAGUGGGCUCUUGCAUUUGUGAAUGGAGCAGUGUGUCAACAACUGCACGAUUUGACAUGUUACUAUGAAGCAGUGCCAUUGAUAUUGAGGAAAAUGAUCCAUUUCCACAGGUUCUGAAUGUGUGGCUCUCCAUAACAAUGAGAGCAGAAAAAAUGUGAACUUGCUUGCUGUAGUAUGUUUGUGUGUGUGUGUGUUUAGUGGGGAUAAAAUGUGUGUGUGUGGAGGGGGGAGGAGGGUCUUAGAAAAUUAAGAUACUGAUUGACAGUAAAAAUAUUCAGAUCUACAUUUUGCUCUUCAACUGAGAAUCAGAGAGUAGCAUGCUUUUUGAGCUCAGCACCAGCAGAAUCCCAUUGUUACAGCUGUCAAGUAUUUUUCUUUUAGAUAUCUUGAGAGAAAAAAUGAAUGACAGAACAGGUAAAACAAAAAACCUUUAUAAUCAAAAUUAGUACCCAAGAAAUAUUUGCAAAUGUAUUUUUAAAAUGUAAAAACAUUGCAAUAUUUAGUUGAAAUGUUUUUUUAUUUUGCAGUGUGUAAAUGUUUGUACUCUAAGAGAAACUGACUGGUAUGUUGACUGUUUUGUAUCUAGGUGAAGACUUAUCACCUCUACAAUCUGCACUGAGUUACACUUUUUAUGUUGUAGGUUAUUUUCUUUUAAAUCAGCCAACACUUUAUACAACUACAGAGCUAUUCAGUUUACAUAAAAGUAGUUUCACUUAGAUUUUAAUGUUAGUUUUGUUUUUCUUCAGUGAACUAUAUUGCAGCUUUGAUUCUUUUAAGUGUUAAUUUACACUGCUGGAUCUUACUAUGCCUGUAGGUCAAUGGUGGCUCAUUCACUGCCAUCUAUGGGUGGCAGAGUAUUAUAGCACUUGUCAUUGUACUGUAAGCAGUUGCUACGUCCAAGACUUGAGCCUUUCUACUGAUGGUAGUCAAGACCACAAUACUUUUUACAAGAUUUAGUGUUACUUUCUAGGUGUAAUUAUAAACACUAGACAAACCUGCUUAUGUUAAAUGCAACGUGACAGGAAAUAGAGCUCAGGUAACCGUAAUCUCCCAGUCAGGGUGAGCAGCAGUGUGGCUUCCUGUAUUUACAUCGGUGUUUGCCAUGCUUUCUGUUCUAAACAACAAGACCGAUCUUGUUCUGCCAGUUGUCACAAUAAUACAUUUUCUUUUGCCUGUGUUCUAAGGAUGGCGUAUUUCCCUGUGUGAUAUUAAAUUCUCAUAAUGAUGUAACACUAUGGUGGUAUACAUGAAUGCAUAAGUUCAAGGUUGAAAUAUCCAUUUAGUAGCAAGAAAAAAGUGUCAGCAGGAGCUGAUUAAAAGUGUCACAUUGUUCAAAGUAACCAAGCAAGUUCAGCAUGUUUCAUUGAAAUAGCCCUUAUGAAGUGCCUCUGAUUGUGUUGCAACUCUUCUGUUGAAUGAUAAAAGUUGUGCACAAACCUACCCAAGUCAAAGCAGUGAGAUGUGUGAUUGUGAGAAAUUACAUUGGCUGUGGUUUAGGAGCAAGAAAACAUCUGGUAGUCGGUACAGUAAUGUGUACUUUUAGCUUUUGGUACAUUUUUAGUUGUCAAACGUGUAAUCAACUGUUUCCAGUCAUGCAGAGCAAUCUUAUCAAACCAGUAUUAUUUUUUGCCAUCAAGAAAUCAGCGAUUUACAGAUCAAUAUGUUUUGUUGCCUAUGUUCAAUAAAAAAUAUCAAUAAAGCAUGUAGAUUUUGA